AUGGCUUUGUCGUCGUAUCUAUGGGGUAAAAGUUCAUCGAAACUAACCAAAAAUAUUAGCAAUAACAAAACUACUAAUACUGCAACUACAACUACAACUACAACUACAAUUCCAAUUCCAAAUACAGAUGCAUUAAAUAAAAACUUGGAUUUCCCAAGGGUGUUCGAAAAAAGAUUUGGUGAAAUUUUGGGUAAAAGAACUUAUUUCCUAAAGAAAAACUCAGCUGACUAUAUCGGUCUGGGAUUACCUGAUUUGAUUCAUAUUAAUCUAUCAAAUAACAACAACAAUCGAAGCAGCAGCAGCAACACAACUAAUGUAAAAUCAGAGUUGGAAAUAGGACAAUUCUUUCAUAUCACCGGCGCUGAUUUCUCAGAUAAAUCAAUGCCUUUGGCUUUACUAAAUAUAAUCCAACAUUCAGCAGUAUCGACCUUUGCUCCAAGAAUAAUCACAUUCUCUUGUUAUAAUUUUUUAUCAAAUCUAGAUUUGAUUAUAAGGUUUGAGUCAAUUACAAAAUAUUCAAUCACAAUCAAUGAUUUAAACCAUGUUAAAAACUCGAAUAUAAAACUUAACGAUAACCUAUGGGAAGAAUUCUUCUUAUGUUCGUCAAUUCGUUCAAUUAUAAUAAAUAAUGACAUUCAAUUGAAAUUCCCAGGUUUACUAGAGUUACCACUCUUAAUAGAAAAUGAUUCAAAAUUAACGGAAAAACUUAUUGUUGUUCUAUGUAAAUUUUUGAAUCGUUAUUUGGAUUGUGGUUUCGAUAACUCAUUGCAUUCUUCAUGUUCAAUUAUAAAUAAUUAUUUGACAGAAUCUCUAUUAUUGAUUUUAUCGAUUUCGCCAACUUUAAUAGAUUUCACUGUUAAUCAUUUAAAGAGUUUGUUGAACUCAACUACCAUAACCAACAAUGAUUCAUUUAUCUUAAAUAUCGUCAUAUUAAAAAUUUAUUCGCAUUUUGAAAUUAAUGAAAUUGAAUUCAUAUCCUCUUUAAACGAAGUACUAAAAGAAUCUUUAGCAAAUUUGUCAUUCUCAAAUAAAAAGAAUUCAUCUGAUUCAAACUUCCAAUUGAUUAAUUCAAUAAUUGAUUUAUUGAAUUUACAAUCAAACUUCCUCUUAGGAAAACAAGAUUACGAACUAGCAUUAAACGUUUCAAAAUUAGCAACCAGUUUAUCUCCAGAUUCCUUCGAGUCUUGGUACAAUUUAGCAAUUAGUUAUGCCUUCUUAAACGAUUUCAAACGUUCUUUAUUCUCGAUAAACUCGAUGCCCUUUCUACCAAUGACAAACACCUACAAAAAGUUGAUGUCAACUAACUUCAUACCAAUAUUCGUUGGUUGCUAUUAUUUGAAACCUUCUUUACUUUCACAAUCUGAUAUACUAGAUCAGAAAAAUGUUUUAAACCCAAUCGAAAUGAUUACCGUACAAUCAUAUACAAAAAGUUCUCGCAAUUUAAAACCGUCAUCAUCCAAUAAAGACAAAUAUGAUGAGAUUCUCUUUGGAAGAACAUUGAUGCCUAAAUUUUCAAGUAUUGGUAGAAUUACUAAGAUUUGGAACGGUUCAUGUUUAAAAUUAGGUCAAAUUUACGGUUUAAAUUCUUCAAAUUUAACUGAAUUUGUCAGUAGAAAUGAAAUAAAUUCUAUCAAAGAUCUAAACCUUUUGAAAAGGAACACAACUGCAAGUAAAUUAUCUUCAUUUCAAUUAAAAGUUUACGACAUUCUGUUGAAGAUUAUCACAACAAUUGGUUGGAAUGACCUUUUGAAAUUAAGAUCUGACAUUUUCCUGAUGGAGAAGGAAUAUUUUGAAAUUUCCAAAAAAUACCCAAUGUCCACCGACAAGAAUGUAAUCCCAUUAGAAUUCAAAAGGAAAAAACUAUGUGAGCCGUGGUUAGAUCAACUAUUCCUCGAUCUGUACGGAGAUCUGGGGAUAACCUCUAAUUACCAGAGCGAGGAAUCCAACUCGACAAAACUAUCUGGGUUGGAAUGGGAACUGUUAGGACUAACACAGAUGCGGACAUGGUAUUGGAACGACAGCAUCACAUCGUUGAGGACUAGUCUAUCGGCAAGAUUUGAUGUGGUAAGUUGUCAAAAUUUGUUAAAUCUAUAUCUGAAAUCAAAUCUCCUGCAUGACAAAAUCUUAAUGGAUUACAACAUACUUCUAGACUUGUUAGUGAAGAAGAUAGCAUACGACACCAGAUUUUACGACAACUUCCAAAUUUUCAAUUAUCAGGUAUUAUUUAAACUAUGUUCUACGGUUGGAAUCAACAUUAUAAGGAAUAGAAUUACAUUACUACCUGACAUCGAAUCCGGCAUAAUCACAAAAGUAGAAACAAUGUUAGAAUGGGUAUCAGAGAUGAUAACAGAUUAA